AUGGAGCAUGGAUGGAUGGCACUGACAGCUGGAUCAUAUCAUAGUGUGAUCGGUAUUGAUCAUUAUUGGUCGGUGAAGGUUUUGACAGCUCAUGGAGAGAUCAAAGACUUAGUAACAGUGGCUGGAGUAGGGGGCUAUGAAGGAGCGGCUGGCUUCGAUGGUGUUUGCUAUGGUGGCUGGAGGCAAGAUCAGCUGCUGGAUCGGUUUGCAAAGCUAUUCUCUCUCUUGAAAUCAUGCAUUAAUUCUAAGUCACUAAAACAAGGCAAACAAAUCCACCAAAAAAUAAUCACCCUAGGCUUGCAAAACAACAUUAGCUUAUGCAAGAACCUUAUCAGCCUCUACUUCUCAUGUCAUUAUUAUAAUACUCCCAAGCUUGUUUUCAAAAACAUCGAGAACCCAUUGGACAUCUCGUUAUGGAAUGGCCUUAUUGCUGCUUACACCAAAAAUUACAUGUACAUUGAAGCCCUUGAAGUUUUUGAUAUGUUACUUGAAUACCCUUAUUUGAAGCCUGAUAGUUUUACCUACCCAAGUGUGUUGAAGGCUUGUGGUCGAUUAGGUAGGGUUAGUGAUGGGAAAAUUAUGCACACCCAGUUAAUAAAAUCUGGUUUGGUGUUUGAUAUUGUUGUUGCUAGCUCCCUUUUGGAUUUGUAUGCAAAGUGCAAUUUUUUUCGGAAUGCUAUACAGUUGUUUGAUGAAAUGCCUAAGAGAGACGUGGCAUGUUGGAAUACUGUUAUUUCUUGUUAUUAUCAUGAUGGGAAAGCUGAGAAAGCAUUGGAAUUUUAUGGGGAAAUGAGGGAGUCUGGGUUUGAGCCGAAUUCAGUGACACUGACUGUUACUAUUGCGUCGUGUGCAAGGCUUUUGGAUUUGGAAAGAGGAAAAGAGAUUCAUAGGGAAUUGGUGGAAAACGGGUUUGUUUUGGAUGGUUUUGUUAGCUCUGCUCUUGUGGAUAUGUACGGGAAAUGCGGUUGCUUGGAGAUGGCUAAAGUGGUUUUUGAGCAGAUGCCAAGAAAGACUGUGGUUGCUUGGAAUUCUUUGAUUGCUGGGUAUAGUUUGAAAGGGGAUAGCAAAGAAUGCAUGGAGCAUUUUAGGAGGAUGAAUAUGGAAGGUAUUAAACCGACUUUAAUUACUUUAAGUAGCAUGGUAAUGGCUUGUUCAAAAUCUGAGCAGCUUAGAUAUGGGAAAUUCAUUCAUGGAUAUAUGAUGAGAAACGGAAUGGAGGGUGACAUAUUUGUUGGCAGUGCACUUAUUGAUCUAUAUUUUAAAUGUGGAAGAGUUCAAUCAGCUGAAAAUGUCUUUGGAAUGAUGCCAAAGGACAAUGUAGUUUGUUGGAACAUAAUGGUUUCAGGAUAUGUGAUGGUUGGGCACUAUUUUGAGGCUCUCGAUAUCUAUGAUGACAUGAAAGUAGCCAGUGUAAAACCAGACGGAGUGACAUUUACUAGCAUCUUAUCAGCUUGUUCGCAAUUAACAGCCUUGGAAAAGGGUAAGGAGAUUCAUAAUUGCAUCGCUAAAAGUGGAUUAGAAGCCAACGAAAUAGUCAUGGGGGCUCUGCUGGACAUGUAUGCUAAAUGUGGGGCUGUAAAUGAAGCUCUUGAUGUUUUCCGUAAGUUGCCCCACAAGGAUCUUGUAUCAUGGACUUCUAUGAUCAAUGCUUAUGGUUCUCACGGCCAGGCUUUAGAAGCUUUGGAGCUUUUUGGCAAAAUGCAGCAGUCUGAUAUAAAACCAGAUGAAGUUACUUUCCUUGCAGUAUUAUCAGCUUGUAGCCAUGCAGGAUUGAUUGAUGAAGGCUAUUAUUAUUUCAAUCAGAUGAUCACAAAUUACCAUAUCAAACCCAGCAUUGAACAUUACUCGUGUUUGAUCGAUCUUCUUGGACGUGCUAAAAGAUUGAAAGAAGCUUAUAAUAUUCUCCAAAACAAUCCAGAAAUUAGGGAGGAUGCUAGUUUGUUAAGCACACUAUUUUCUGCAUGUUGUUUGCACAAAGAUUUAGAAUUGGGAGAGGAAAUCGGGAAGUUGCUUGUUGAGAAGGAUCCUGAUGAUUCAUCUACUCAUAUUGCUUUGUCAAACAUGUAUGCCUCCUCUAAGAAUUGGGAUGUGGUACGCAAGGUAAGAUUAAAGAUGAAAGAGCUGGGACUAAAGAAGAACCCUGGGUGUAGCUGGAUAAUUGGUAAGAGAAUCCAACCAUUCAUCCUAGAAGAUAGGUCACAUCCAAAAUCAGAGAUGCUUCAAGAAUGUCUCAAAAUUCUUUACAGUCACAUGGAAAAAGACAACAAGCUGCCAUCUUAA